AUGCACCCCAUUAUACUGUACGACAUACCAAGCAAGGCCCCAAAUAAUAUAUGGGCUCCAAACCCUGCAAAGACCAGGCAUGAUAGGUUUUGCCUGGAAUACAAAGGUCUCCCAUAUACGAUCGUCUGGGUAGAGUUCAAGGAUAUUCCCAUGACUAUGAAAUGCAAAGUUGGCGCUUCGACUACAGAAGGGGGCAGAUACACCCUUCCGGUGAUCAAGGAUCCCAACACUGGAUUCGUCAUUGCUGACUCGCUGGCGAUCGCUGAGUACCUGGAUAAGACUUAUCCAGAGAAGCCGGUCAUACCACGCGGCGCCAACGUUCUUAUGAGGUUGUUCGAGCCUGCAUAUUGCAGCAUUGCCUACGGAAAAGCAGUGAAACUUAUCUUAACGAAGACCCUCGAAAUCCUGAACGACUCGAACAGGGAGUACUUCAUUCAGACGCGCUUGGAGCUGCUCGGUGAAACGCUCUGGGAGGCUGUGUCAGAAGAGAACGUCCAGCAGCAGUGGGAAGACUUGAAGAAGGGUCUUGAUGAAAUCGAUAAAUGGUACCAGAAAAGUGGCGGGAAGUGGAUUAUGGGGGAUACCUUCUCGUUCGCAGAUAUGGUGGUGGCUUGCAGAACGAUGUGGUGGAAUAAAAUCUUCGACGAAGAACAACUCCGAGAACUCCAUUCUUGGAAUGGCGGACGAUGGGCGCGUAUCUUGGCAGAUGUGAAUACUGAGUGCGGUACAGAUCUGUAA